AUGAAGUUCUUCGCUGUUGCUGUCGCCCUGUUGCCCGCACUUGGGUCAGCACAUACAAUUGCUCAGCGCGUCAGGAUUAACGGACAGGACCUUGGUCAAGGCAAUGGUAUCCGCGUUGCGCCUUCCAACAACCCCAUCACGAACGUCAAUGAUGGUAACAUUGCUUGCAAUUCUGGUGCUUCUUCCUCCAGCAAGGUCAUUGACGUCAAGCCUGGAGACAGGGUUGGUGUUAACUGGGGUCAUGUUGUCGGCGGAGCACAAUUCGCAAACGAUCCCGACCACCCAAUCGCCAAAUCUCACAAGGGUCCGGCUAUCUUCUAUAUGGCAAAGGUCUCAAAUGCUGCCUCUGCCUCCCCCUCUGGCCUCCAAUGGUUCAAAGUCUCUGAAGACGGCCUCGACAGCUCGGGGAACUGGGGUGUCGACAGAAUGAUAAACAAUGGUGGAUGGACGGAGAUGACAAUGCCAUCUUGUGUUGCGCCCGGUCAGUAUCUUCUCAGGGCUGAGAUGAUCGCAUUGCACAGCGCUAGCACGACUGGUGGUGCGCAGUUCUACAUGGGCUGCGCGCAGAUCAACGUCUCCGGAUCGGGAUCGAAGACCGGAAAUACGGUCAGCUUCCCUGGUGCCUACAAGGCGGAUGAUGCAGGGAUCAAACUCAGCAUCUAUAAUGCUCAGGGUCAGCCCAAGGGAAACGGAACGCCAUACAAGAUUCCUGGCCCUGCGGUGCUGCAAUGUUAG